CAAACUUUGGCAUGAGGAGGAGGAGCACGGAGAAUGAGCAUGUAGGAGAGAAGCAAAGUGAUACAGAGAGGAGAAGCAGCAGAAGUACAGUGAACUGACUGGGAUUGUACCUCCAGGACAGGCUGGGGAGACGCGAGGAGGCAGCCAUGCAGAGCACUAUGGGCGACACAGUGGCACAGUAGGUAGUGCUGUCAUCUCACAGCAAGAAGAUCGCUGGUUCGAGCCGCGACUGGAGUGUGUGUCCUGGUCGGGUGUUCACCAUGGCUCUAGUUCAGGCACUGCCUGUACCCACUGAUCACCCAAAGCCCAGUACUGACGUCCAGCAGUGCUGCUCAGUGUCUCACUCCCCCACAGUAGAUGUCACUGGCACCAUGGGUUCUGUCAGCAGCCUCAUCUCUGGACGUACCUACCAGGAACGCCACUGUCGAGCCGCCAGUGACUUUGGUGCCAGAUAUCGCAAACCCACACCAGCUACAAGCUGUUUUCGACAACAAGAGGGCACACUGCGCAGCUCCAGCUCACAGGAGCAGCUUCUGAACAGUCAGCCUCCUCUACCCGCUAAGAACAAGUCUUCUGCCCUCAUCUCGGCUGGCAAUGGCAACUAUGGCUAUUUGAGUGAUGAGCCAGUGGGUGAUUGGAAUGAUAAUCACGUGAGCACAUGCAGCCCAUCCAGUGACACUGAAGAACCUUCUGAUAACAGAGGCAUGAAUGGUAACAUCGGUGGACCUCCGCCAAAACUCGUCCCAGUGUCAGGCAGGUUGGAAAAGGUAAGUAUGGAGAAAAUACUGAUCCGGCCCACUGCCUUUAAGCCUGUUUUGCCAAAGAACCGCAACUCUGUGCAGUACCUGUCUCCAAGAUCAGGAGGCAGUCUGUCUGAAAGCCAGGGCAGUCUCAAUCUCCUGCUUCCUGGCACUGGAGCAGGAUCGGGCUGUCAGGAGAAGCGCAACUCAUACAGUGGGGGACGCAAUGCACGGAGUAGCCAGUCCUGCACCAUGUCAGACUCAGGCCGCAACUCCCUCUCCAGCCUACCGACCUACAGCAGCACAGGGUACAGCCUGACACAGAGUGAGGUACCUAAUGGGCACAUGGAAACCACACGCUCUGGCGUUGGCCACGGACACUCUAAUUCUGACAGUGGACGAUCCUCAUCCAGUAAGAGUACAGGGUCUUUAAGUGGGCGUGGCCAGCCCCUCUCGGACAGCGGUUCAUGUGGCCGCUCCCCAGCUCCAGGAGAAGGAUAUGAAGGUGUCAUUCGGGAACUUGAGGAGAAGCUGAGGGAAAGAGACUUGGAGCUGCAGCAACUCAGGGACAACCUGGAUGAAAAUGAGGCAGCCAUAUGUCAGGUAAUGAUCCUAGAUUUCUACCAGUUUUUACAACAGUUUGACAGGAAAUUAUCAUACACGAUACAACUUAAAUCAUCUGUAUUCUCAAUGCAGGUGUAUGAGGAGAAACAGAAGCGCUGUGAGCAAGAAAUGGAGGAUCUUCGGCAGAGCUGUGCAUCAAAAAUGAAGCAGGUGCAGCUGAAGGCACAACGUGCUCAGCAGGUUCUACAGUUGCAGGUGUUUCAACUGCAGCAGGAGAAAAAGAAAUUACAGGAGGACUUCUCCCAACUGCUGCAGGAACGGGAGGCAUUGGAAAAGAGAUGUGCCUCCUUUGAGAGGGAGCAGACUCAAUUUGGCCCUCGUCUAGAGGAGACAAAGUGGGAGGUGUGUCAGAAAUCAGGGGAGAUCUCUUUGCUAAAACAGCAGCUGAAGGAUGUGCAGGCAGAUCUUGGCCAGAAGGCCAGUGAAAUUGUUGCUUUGAAGGCCCAGUUGAGAGAGGCUCGUUCUGAGCUUCAAGCUAGCCAGGCUCGCUCUCAGGAAGCCCACGCCACAGCUCGCACACGCACACUUGAACUGGAGGUUUGCGAAAAUGAGUUGCAACGCCGUAAAAGUGAAGCUGAGCUCCUUCGGGAGAAGAUGGGUCGUUUGGAAGAAGAGUCCCUUCGUCUUAAAGAAGCUAUGGCUGUGCCCACACCCCAAACUCUUCCUUCUAAGGGCCAAUCCAUGAGCUUGCCACUCCCCCAAAGCCGUGGGGGGAUUGGUCAUGGGAUAAGCCCUGCUUUCCGGGACAACAGCAGUGAAGAGCAACUUCUUGCAUAUGAGAGUGAUGAAGCAAAGGCACAGCGCCAGAGCGUAGAUGUGCUUCAUGGUCUCCGUCAGCAGGUGGACCGCCUUCGGGCAGAGCUGAUGUAUGAGAGGAGGCGAAGCGAAGACCAGCUUGAGGGCUUUGAGGAUGAACGCAGGGUGUGGCAGGAAGAAAAAGACAAGGUGAUUCGUUACCAGAAGCAGCUGCAGCAGAACUACAUCCAGAUGUACCGCAGAAACCGCGACCUUGAGCGUGUGAUGAGGGAACUUAGUCUGGAGCUGGAAAACAGGGACAUGGAGGAGUUUGACAUGCGUAGCAACGAGAUCCAUUUUGAAGAGAUAACUGCCACUGAAAUCUAA